AAAGACAACAACUUGUUAGCAAACAGUGUUGAAAUGCCGAAGGAGACGAGCGUGGAAGCGAACGAGGAGUCUGUGAGCGCCAGUGCAAAGCAGCAAAGGCAAAGUUGUGGUGCUGAGUGAAAGACGUUGGAAGUGAUAAGAAAACAUAUGAUUGUGGCAGAAGAGCUUAAAGCUUUCGGUGUGUUCAAUGCAGUACAGACCAUUUACCAAUUGUUUUCAAAGAAAAUUCGGAAAACCCGUGAUGCACAUAUGGUUUCUGAAGCAUACUACAAUAUGUUCUACAUGUCUGUCUCAGAUAAUCAGGAAUAUUGCUGUUGGACAACAAUGAGUGAUACCUGCAAGUAAUGUAUGUAAAUAUAUGUGAUAUAUAAAUAUUUGUAAAGAUAAAAUACAAGGAAGAGCGAGACUUUCGGAAAUCAUGCCAUAUGUUAAAUAAAAAACUUGCUACAGUCAUGCAACAACAACAGAACAAUAUCUUCCCAGCCACUUUAAUAGCCAAUCAAUGAGUAAUUGUGACUAAUACUCUUCUGAAAGGUCGUAAACAUAAUUGCCAAUCAGUAACAACAACAACCAUACAUGCUCUUCUGCUAUUGAAACAACUUCAUGGAUGUUUAUUACAUAAAACAAAAUUGCAAGCUAAUAUAUAAUAAAAAUAGAUUUGGUCGAGCAUGUCAGCUAAACACUUAUGUGCCAACUGGUUUGCAAAUAAUUUAGUACAUAAAUUAAUUUCUAAUGCCAAAACAACGCAACAAUGCACUCACAUAAAUGCUAUGAGAUGACAACACCCUAAUACUUGGCAUUACCAUAGAAAUGAGCAGCAAUAAACCACACGUGCGAAUUAUACCAUUUCACUUGGUGCGAGUGUAAAUAUAUACAUACAAACAACCGAACGAACACUUCAAUGGAAUGGAAACACUUUCUUCGGCACCAGCAGCAGCUGACAUGCAUUCGCAGUGUUUUCUUAGUAACCCUGUGUAUAUGUGUGAGCGCAAAAAGUGAGAGAGUGUGAACACAGCAUAUUCGCUGCCAAGCGCUAGUCAUACAUGUGCAAUAACAAAGCGCACAAUACAAAAUUUUAUUACGUUUUGUUUUCUUGGCUAUUGUUUGCAUACUUUGCGGCGCCAAAACUGGCUGACAUGCUGCCAGCCAUGCCUGCUUUGCAUACUUUUCGCCGUUGACAUUUGCCACGCUCUGCCAUUCACUGCUCUGCGCGGAUUCAUCAAAACAGCGUGCCAAGGGAAACCAACAACAAAACUUGGAAAAUGCGAAUGCGCGUGUGAACGCUGGGAAAGUGUGAUGAAAUGGCAUGCGGAAGUAGCAGGCAAUGAAGGCGAAAGCAAUGAGGACAACGCAGCAGCAGUCAAAUGCGCAAAUCGAACGAGUUGUGGUCAUAUAAAAGCAACGAGUGCUAUUAGCUUAUUAUUCACUCGCAAAAUAACGAGUUCUUUCCACGAAGCAUUUGUGCUCAAUACACUCACACACAUAAGCACAAAUAAACGAAAGUGUUAAACUGAGCUUUCCGCUGUGAGUUAUCUUCUAGAAGAAGCCAUACCGCUGCGAUUAAAAUUAAUACAAAAUUACAAUUUCUCAAAAUGUCUACUCUUUAUACAAUAGUCCACAAAACAGGUGUUCUAGAAGGUAAUCUUAAAAAAAUAAUGGAUUCAUUAACGUUUUUCUUUCAGAACAUAAAUAUUCUUAACAUCUCAUGAAACCGUUAUUUUAUUCCAAAAGUUGUAAAAGCAAUAACAAAGUCCUUUAGUCAACGAAAGAAAGACCAAAGCUCUGACAUACACCACCCACUGUGCAUCGGCAAUUGUCGUGCCGUCGUGCUUGCCUCAUUACGUUCGGCACUUUCACUCGUUGCUUAACUACUCGCUCGUGCGCUCGCAUAGCGCGCACACAGGCAUUCGGCCAAGCAAUAUCAUUCACAGUUAUACAGGCAUCGAGUGUAAAACGUCGUCGCUAAUACGAAAUAAACGCUUUGUGGUCGAGUACUUCGUUUGGCGAUAUGUUAAAAAUCAAUAUGAGCGCAACGUUUUCGUAGAAAACCAAUCAAUGCUUACAAUUAAACGGUAAAAGUAAAAUAGAAAAUGUUUCGAAAAUUAUGAGCCAAUGCAAACGCGACUAAAGCGACGUUGAAUGCAUUUAUGCUGGCAACAAUUGGGGAAAAUAGCGUAGCACCAGUCCGUGUUGGUGCAAGCAAAGUCAGCUGAAAACGUAAGGAGCAGCAGUAGCAGCGGAAAAAACAGCAACAACAGCGGCAGCGGCAGGAAAAAGUGCAAAAAAAUUUGGGUGUUUUUUGUGUGAAAAAAUAACGGUAACGCGUUACGCGAACGGGUAACGGUAUUUUUUGCCCCAAAUUCUAUACUAUUCGGACAAGCGUGUGUCACUUCGCGUGCAUUAACGGUACUACGCGACGGUGUCGACAGUGCGUGAGUGUGCAGUCAAGCGUAGAAAGUAAGGCAGCGAAAAAUUAACCGAAUAUUAAUAAUGUAUGCCACAACGCGUAAGUGGCACGAAAAAGUUUUGCUGCUGCAGUAAUUAAUAACGGUAAAAAUAUACAAAUUAAUACACUACUUCGAUUUUCACUUUCGUUUCAAUAGCAGUGUUAGCAGUCAGCAGUAAGCGAGCACUCGAUUUUUGUACUACUUACGAGCUGAGCAAAUAAGCGCUUCGGCUGUGUGGCGCACCCCCUCGGCGCUAGCACAAGUACAAAGCAAAAAAGAAUAAUAACAAUAAUAAUACAAAAAGAAAAACAACAACACGCACAAGUCAAAAACCGUCCUUUUAGCUGCAGCGCCACGAGAGAUUCCACUGACGAACGCAUCGCCCAAACGCUUAGCGUGCGCUGCCCUCUUGAUUGCCACUGCCGCUGGACGACGUAUACGGCGACGACAACGCGCGGUUAUUGUCGCGUUAUGCCGUGCAGUUAAUAGUUGGCAAACACACUCACAACCCCCCGCUGCGAAGACGCGCGCCUGCUCGCGCUCUACUAUACAACCCUCUCACCCCCAAACUAGUGGACUCUACAUGCAACUACCGCUGUUACUGUUAAUCGACAAGUCAUUGUAAUUAUAAUAAUUUGUUUUUUGUUAACGCGCAAUUUGUCGUUGUUGUUGUUAAAGCUAUUUUUUAGCUAGCGCUAGUGUAUGUGUGUUUAAAUAGACGGCGCGCGCUUGUAUACGUCUGUGUCGACUUGCGCUUACGUUUCGUUCACACGCAGCGCUAAGGCUCUGUGCGCUUUGUGCUGUGUUACGCGCGCCGCGCGGCUUUGUUGUUGUGUCGCUUAUAUUUUAUUCAUAGUCGGUGGCGGUGUUAAUGUUAAUAAGCAAUAAGUGUAAGCUAUGGCCUCUUCAUUGUUGGCCCUCAGUGAUUUAAUACGAUUCCAAUUGGAGCGCAUCAAACUAGAUGAAUUCACCUACAAGGAUGAGUUGCAUCUGCUGCGCCAACUGUUGGCGCUCGACAUGCCACAACCGAUGCACGCGCUACACUCGAACGGCAGCAGUCAGGAGCAUAAUCAGCCACAGCAAGCAGGCGCGGCGCCACCAGCAUGCACACCAACGAACGCCGAACGACAAGCGCAAGUGCAAACGCAACUGCAGUCACAUACGCAAACGCAAACACCAUUGCGCCUGCAGGCGCCACAGCAUCAUCAACAUCAACAGCAGCAGGCGCCAGCGCCACCGCCACCACAACAACAGUACAUUCACGCGCUGGGUCCUUUGCCGCCGCCACCAUCAUCAGCGUCGCCCGCGUCCGCAUACAAGCCAAAGUCAUUGCCGCAAAAUCACUAUCCACCGCCGCCAACACAGAGUCAGAGUCAAUGUCAACUCAGCAGCGCGGCGUAUGGUCAAUCGUGUAACAGCAACCAGCUACACGCGAAUGCGAGUCAUCAAAGUCAUGGACACAGUCAGAGCCAACAGAAUCUCUAUCCACCCAGCUAUAGUCCGGUGCAACAACAACAGAAUCAACUCAGCUACACGCAAAGUCAGAAGCAGCGUCAGAAACAGCGGCGUUUCCAGCAGCAAAACUCAAAGCGCUCACAACAACAACUACAACAACAGACGCAAAAUCGCAGUAAAUUGUAUGUUGGCGCGCCAUCAGAUAGCGAUGGCGCAGCCACCGCCGAUGAGGCGUAUAAUGCCGGUGGCGCCAGCAAUCAUCAGCAGCAGCCGCAGCAAACACCGUCACCAGGUGGUGGCGUCUUUGUUGGCGCCGCUUGCAAUGGCGGUAUUGGCGCGCUUGGCAGUAGCGGUGAGCUGGCGGAUGAUGAGCUGGUGGGCGCGGUUGGUGGUGGAGGGGGCAGCACGGCGACAAAUGGUGCUGGUAUUGGUGGCGGCAGCGAGGAUGGCUCCAGUGCCAGCAGCAAUGCUGACCUACAAAAGGAUUUCAAAGUCCAAGUACUCGAGUGGUUUCAACAGUUGUACGUCCAAACGGAAUCGUUCAGAUCGGACGAGGAGUCACAACGUGUCCGUGAGGCGGGCAAUAAUUGCUAUCGCAAGGAACAUCAUCCACUCAAGGCAUGCGAUUUAUAUACAGAGGCUAUAUUUUUAGCGCCCGUCGAAGAGGAUGCAGACAAUACGACAGCGGCAAUGGCGCAUGCGAAUCGUUCGACUGUGUUGCAUGAUUAUGGCAUGUAUGAGGAAGCCUACGACGAUUGUCUGUGCGCGCUGGAGCUCGGCUAUCCCGAAGAGUAUAAUGCGUUGAUCAAACUACGCCAAGCCGCUUGUGCCUUAAAGUUGCGUAACUUUGCGCUCUGCGAACUGCAUGUGCACGAGCUGCUGCACAUGGAUCUCUCCGAGGCGUUUGAGGCGCGCACACACGAACUUUGGCACGAAUGCGAAGUGCUGAAAUCGGAAAAGGUCGAUAUGGGCGUACAAACGGACGAUGAUCAUUAUGUGGCAGCGGCCGCAAUGGCGCCACAACACAUACUACACGGGAGCAGCAACAGCAAUCGACUGAAGGUGUACGAAGUCGCCUGGUCGGACACGUCGAACGCGAUUACAACGACACGUCGCGCUUACUUGCGCGCCACCACAGACAUUGUACGCCACAUGCCGAUCUUCAGCGAGGAGGCCGCCAUCUUUGUGUCCAGCGGUCAGGCGCGCAUCUGCGACAAUUGCGCCAUCACACAGUUCAUACCAUUUCCAUGCGACUACUGUUCGAAUCGCACAUCCGUUUACUGUUCUCGCAAGUGUCGCGCGCAACACUCAUCCAUACACGUGCUGGAAUGUUUCGCCCACCAGAUUGAGCUGUUCGAAGAGUUCGGCGAUGCGUUCGCCAAACCGCGUCUGCUGCAGCUCGCCUUUCGCAUGCUCAUCACCGGUUUGCCACAAGUGAUGCCGCAUUGUCGCAAACGACCGACGGUGAACAAGAUGUGGAACGCCUUCAAUGGCAUACUCACCGAACGCACGGACAUACCAUAUUCGGCGCUGUUGCGCCUCGAAGCGCACCUCGAUAAAUUGGACGCGGAGACGACCGUUUCACUCGCCAUUGCCGCACACAUAUUGGCCAUCUAUUUGGCUGAGUGCACGGACUUCUUCGAGCACCUCGAUCUCAUGAUGCCCGCCACAACGAAAUUGACGCGCAGCGAAUGGAUUUUGCUGUCGGCCGCGCUGCUGUUGCGUCACAUCGGUCAGCUGCGGCACAAACAUCUCAUACACUGCCCGUCCUUUGUAUUGCCCGCAGAUCCGCACAUAUUGUCGCCGCUGCAAGAGUUCAGCUUGUGGUCGGCGGUGAAACACGUGCGUCAGGGCCAAUUGCAUUUGUUGGCCGGCGAUGUGGCGUGCGUCGCCUACGCCGUCUAUCCGCAAACGUUGAGUUUGUGUCGCCAGUCGUGCGCGGGUCAGGUGUAUCGUAAACACUCCGGUCGCCAGGUGACCGCUUAUGCCACGUGUGACAUCUUGUUGGGCGCUUGCAUUGGUAACUGUUUCGUUUAUGCGGGUGAUUAUCGACAAUCGUUGUACGAGACACGGCGGCAGGACCUUAAGGCGCGCGGCAUCGACUGCAAGUGCGACAAGUGCUUUCGUCCAUAUCCGGAUGAGGAUUUUCAUAAAUUUCAUCGCUAUCGCUGUGAUAAUCCCAAAUGCAUGCAAAUAUUCACACCGAACGCCAGCGAUUUCAAAUACACACGCAAUUUACGCUGGUGGCGCAGUCCUUACUACACACACCCGAACAACGAGGGCACCGAUCUGUUGGUGUGCAGCGCCUGCGAUGAAACCCAAAAGCUGGAAUGGUUUUGGACCUUCAAUGCUGCACUCGGCGACUGCGAUUCGGUGGAGAUGCGCUGUAAGUUGUAUGCGGCCGUUGAGCGAGCCGACACGCAACUCGUUGAGAUGAACGAGUGCAAAGUCGCGUUGGCGCGUCAACUAGUCGAGCAGUGUUUAUUGAUGCAUCGAGAGGGUCAAAAACCGCUCGACGAUUGGGAAUUCAAUAAGCUGGGCUCGAUCAUGCGCAACGCGCUCAAUAUUGUAACAGCACAAUACGGCGUCUUUAGCAUAGAAUAUAUACAGCAUAUGUCCUAUUUUUGGGAUAUCAUGGCGCUUAGCAAUUACAAAUGUGGUGAUAAGGAACUGAUGCAGAUGUUGCAAGCGCUCGAAUACAUACCGGAUGAGUAUAAAGAGAUCUUCAUUAACUAUUAUGAUGACUUCAUAACACCGAAAUUCGCCGAGGAAACCUAUACCAGCCUCAUGGAUACGCAAGUCUAGAGUGGAAUUCAGCGCAGCAAACAACAUAUGGAAUUUCGGAAAAUUAAAUAAAAACAGAAACAGAAACAGAAACCCGAACUAAAGUAAUUAAGCAAUUACACAAAAGAGCAAAAAAAGCAAAAACACUCACAACAACAUGAUCACUGACUAAAGUAAAAUUGAAAGAAAAAGAACUUAAAAACUAUAUGUUUAAGAAAUCUAAGAGCAAUGUUGUAAUUUAAAAACUCAAACUUGUUACCCGGUACUCGCGAGCAAAACAAGAGCAGACACCCACAGGCCACACACAAAUACUGAACAAUGCAAGAACAGUUAGA